GCCGGAGCAGUCGGGGCCGAGCGGCGGCUGACGCUCCCGGAGCCGCGACGCCCCUGUCCCCCAGCGGAGCCUGCCGGGAUCUCGGGCGGCCUGGGCCCCGGCGCCGCCGAGCCCUCCCCGGCCUCCCGGCCGCGCGCGCGGGUCCCCGGCGGGGUGGGCGCAGGGGGCGGCCCCGCUCCGGGCGACGGCCGAGGGGCGGGCGGAGGGCCGGGCUCGGCGGGCCGCGGGGCGGGGGCUGCGGGGAUUGACCGCGCAGCCUGAAGCCAGCCCGGGGGCGGCGGGAGCCGGACGCGCGGCGGCGACGGGCGCAGGUACACAGUUGCUCCUAGCAUGACCGUGAUCUGAUCAGCAACCACGAGAAUCUGACUCCCGUGUGGGGUGCCUUAGUGCUGGGGCCUGGUCACCGCCCACAACUCCAGAGCUGCCAUGGCUGCUGCCUCUACGUCCACCCCUGUCAUUUCACAGCCCCAGUUCACAGCCAUGAAUGAACCACAGUGCUUCUACAAUGAGUCCAUCGCCUUCUUUUAUAACCGGAGUGGAAAGUACCUUGCCACAGAAUGGAACACAGUUAGCAAGCUGGUGAUGGGACUUGGAAUCACCGUCUGUAUCUUCAUCAUGUUGGCCAACCUGCUGGUCAUGGUGGCGAUCUAUGUCAACCGCCGCUUCCAUUUUCCUAUUUAUUACUUAAUGGCGAAUCUGGCUGCUGCGGACUUCUUUGCUGGGUUGGCCUACUUCUACCUAAUGUUCAACACAGGACCCAAUACUCGGAGACUGACUGUUAGCACGUGGCUCCUGCGUCAGGGCCUCAUUGACACCAGCCUGACAGCCUCUGUGGCCAACCUACUGGCCAUUGCAAUCGAGAGGCAUAUUACGGUUUUCCGCAUGCAGCUCCACACGCGGAUGAGCAACCGGCGGGUGGUGGUGGUGAUUGUGGUCAUCUGGACCAUGGCCAUUGUUAUGGGGGCCAUACCCAGUGUGGGCUGGAACUGCAUCUGUGAUAUUGAAAACUGUUCCAACAUGGCACCCCUCUACAGUGACUCUUACUUGGUCUUCUGGGCCAUUUUCAACUUGGUGACCUUUGUCGUCAUGGUGGUUCUCUAUGCUCAUAUCUUUGGCUACGUUCGCCAGAGGACUAUGAGGAUGUCUCGGCAUAGUUCUGGGCCGCGGCGCAAUCGGGAUACCAUGAUGAGUCUUCUGAAGACUGUGGUCAUCGUGCUCGGUGCCUUUAUCAUCUGCUGGACUCCUGGACUGGUCUUGUUACUUCUUGACGUGUGCUGCCCACAGUGUGACGUUCUGGCCUAUGAGAAGUUUUUCCUUCUGCUUGCCGAGUUCAACUCUGCCAUGAACCCCAUCAUCUACUCCUACCGCGACAAGGAGAUGAGCGCCACCUUCAGGCAGAUCCUCUGCUGCCAGCGCAGUGAGAACACCAGCGGCCCCACGGAAGGCUCCGACCGCUCAGCGUCCUCCGUCAACCACACCAUUCUGGCUGGAGUUCACAGCAACGACCACUCCGUGGUUUAGAAAGGAAACUAACUAAGAUGAGACGCGGCCAUCAUCUACUGAGGGAUGAUCAUCCUCCCCCUUCCCAAAGGCACGGGCAGGGUGAGGUGUGAGAGAGAGGAAAAACACACUCGUGUGCUUAAACACUAACCCAUGGCAGUAUUUGUUCCUAGACCCACCAAGACUUGAUGUAUAUUGAAAAAUUAGCUUAUGGGACAUCCCUCAUCCUACUCCCCGUUCGUUUUGAAAGUAGAAAGUGGAGACCUUGCAAUAGAAUUCAUAAACAGACUCUGGAGUGUCCAUUUACACUACACUAACUAGUCUUCAAAAGAUUUUGUGUGGUUUGGUGCAAGUCAGAAUCCAUUCUGACUAAUUGAAUCCACAACUUCAUUUACAUGCAGGCUUCCCUGUUUUUCUUUUUAAAGGAUACAUUUCAUUUAAUAAACAUGUUUAUGCCUAUCAGCAUGCUUGUGAUGGAUAAGACUAUAGACUGUUUUUAAACGAUCAUAACUCCAUUUUUUUCCUUAUGUAGGAAAACUGUAAAUUAGAAUUACUUUUCUAGAAAGCAUGCAUGUAAUGUAUGUAUGCAGUAUGCUGUACUUAAAAAGAUAAAAGGGUAUUAAUUUUAAAUCUUCUAGGAAAUAGAAAAACCUAGAUGUCAAAGCCAGUAUUUGUUUAGGUUAUGAAACAAACAAUGAUCUAAUCACAAUAUUACCUUUUUUAUUAAAGUGUUGUAACAUGUAUAAAACAAACAGGGAAUGUAAGUUUAUUAUCAGAAGAAUAUGUUGUACUCUAUAAAAGUUAUAAAGAUGAGCACAGUGGUAUUGUUCCCACAUAUUUAUAAUAUCCAAGUACAUUCUAAUUAUUAGUUCAUCAGAGGAAUUUUUUAAUGACCUGUGUUUUUCUGUAUUAUAAUACAUAGUCAUUGUAGAAAACUUGAAAAAUACAGAAAUGUAUAAAACAUUCAGAAAAAAUACUGAUAAUAUCACAACCCAGAAGUAACCACCAUUAACAGCUUUUCCCCUGUGUAUGCCUAUAUGUAUAUUAUAUACCUUUUUAUAUAAUUGGGAUCAUACUGUAAACAGUUUUAUAACCAGUUUGUUUUUUCCACUGCAUAAUUGCCACAUUUUCCUAUGGCAUUAAAAAUUUUACAAAAA